CCGGCUGAGCCUCAGCCGCUGUCAUCUUUAACCCAGCUCAGCUGAUCGGUUGGCGCCGCCGCCGCCGCCAGAUUCCAGAAGGGAAGAACAAGAAGCUGAAAGAGUAGACAUGGACGUGAAUUUCGCCCCGCUCCGCGCCUGGGACGAUUUCUUCCCUGGCUCUGACCGCUUCGCCCGGCCGGACUUCAGGGACAUUUCCAAAUGGAACAACCGCGUGGUGAGCAACCUGCUGUAUUAUCAGACCAACUACCUGGUGGUGGCUGCCAUGAUGAUUUCCGUUGUGGGGUUCCUGAGCCCCUUCAACAUGAUCCUUGGAGGCAUUGUGGUGGUGCUUGUGUUCACAGGGUUCGUGUGGGCAGCCCACAACAAAGACAUCCUCCGCCGGAUGAAGAAGCAGUAUCCCACGACAUUUGUCAUGGUGGUCAUGCUGGCGAGCUACUUCCUCAUAUCCAUGUUCGGGGGAGUCAUGGUCUUUGUGUUUGGCAUCACUUUUCCUUUAUUGCUGAUGUUCAUUCAUGCGUCGUUGAGACUUCGGAACCUCAAGAACAAACUGGAGAAUAAAAUGGAGGGAAUAGGCUUGAAGAGGACACCGAUGGGCAUUGUCCUAGAUGCCCUAGAACAGCAGGAGGAAAGUGUUUCCAAAAUCGCUGACUAUAUCAGCAAAGUGAAGGAAUAAAUACCCAUGCCCCAUUGAUAGGGCUGUGGCAGACAUCAAGUUGCAGUUUGCCCUUAUCCAGACGUACUUCCCAUUUGUGUUCUUGAACUCGGGAGGCGCCUGUACCAUCCACCUACCUAUGGCAGCAUGCAUGUGUAGGCCCAACUGUUAACAUCUCCGAUGCUCCAGAGAGAAGCCCUCAGAAACCAUGAGAAAACUACCCUCCUAUUAUGCCUGAAGUCUCAAGUGUGUCUAUGCAAACUGUUAGGAAAGGGAUCACACUUGCUUCUGUAGAGAAAUAAAAGAAAAAGAAUUCUGCGUUGUACAGCAACAGUACUGUUAACUUGUAGGGAGAAAACUAAUUGUAUCAAGGCAAUAUGAGUAAAUGAAAAAAAAAA